AUGGGAAAAGUUGACUCAACCGCUCUAGUCACCUUAAAAAAAUCGCGUAUAGUUCUCUACACAAAUGGCUGUUCCGUGGAUGGGGUGGAGUUUGCUUAUCGAAGUAGAGAGCCUUGGAUCGUUGUGCUUUAUGUUCCGUGGUGUCCCUUUUGUCAAGCUAUGGAAGCAUCGUAUGAUGAACUGGUUGAUAAACUGGCUGGAAGUGGGAUUAAGGUUGCCAAGUUCAGAGCCAAUGGUGGCCAGAAGGAGUUUGCUAAGCAGGGGUUGCAGCUCGGUAGCUUCCCGAUGAUACUAGUCUUCCCUAAGAACUCUUCAAGACCGAUCAAGUAUCCUUCUGAAAAGAGAGACGUUGAUUAUUUGACUUCAUUCUUGAAACUUGUACGGUAAAGAAACCGCAAAACCAGUUGACACUUCCAUGAGAAUGGAGAGAUCAAACAAGAACCAUUUCAUCUCGUUCCAGACUGCUAGAACAGAAGAAAGCUAGUGUCACAUAGUUAGAGAGAUAAGCUAUUCGAGAAAGAUUAAGUUUCUGCAGUCUUGUAGUGUUUCAAAGCUGUAAA